AGAGCUGAAGAACAUCCCCUUUUGAACAAGCAGAGCAUAAAUAUUGUACUUCACUCUCUCUUGUUUUCCCUUUCCAACUCUCUCUAUUUUACCUCUCAAGCCUUUGCUGCUUUUUUUUUUUUUUUUUUAACUGUCUCUAUGCUCCGAAACCUCAAUUCCGCCUUGUCGUCUUCCAUGAUGGAAGCCUUUUUUCUCUUUCCCUUGUUCAGACAAAUUUUCGCUAAUGAAGCUGUGAUGAAAACUCAGUUCCCUUUCGAGUGAAAACUGCAAAACAAAGGAAAAAAAAAAAGGGGAAGUGAAAGUCCUCGAUCCUUUUGUACGUCUAUCAAGCCCUUUAUAUGCAAAUGGAUUCAUUCAAUUUCUACAGCAUCAAAGCUGAGAAGGCGAACGCGUUGAUGCUAAGGCAUCGCCAGCUUCAAAAGAUCGCAAACCUUUGCCGGGUAAUCGAGGUUUGUGUUGUUCUUGUCUUGAUUUCUAGGCUUUCCAUGCAACUCGCACUUGCUGUCAAGAACUCCACCGGGUAUUUCCGUGAUGUGAAACUCGUCUUGUUGAGCCCUCGCUUCGUUUUUUUCGUCGGAAAUGUUAUCAUUAUCACCCUUUUCGCUAAGUCCGGGCAGUUUUCAGCUCGAGAUUCUACAACAAAGACUUCAGGAUUUGAUCUUUAUGAGGAGUUCAUCAAGAAAAGUGAAAAGAUCAAUCGGAAGACUCACCCAGACGAGACCCCAAAACUUGACGAGCAUAGCAAUAUUUCUGAUGAGAGUGCAGUCAGGGAUUACCGGACGGUUGAGUGUUACUCGCAGUAUUCAAAUGGCGGGACGUUGUGCGAGAAAUCAAGCCGUGAGGGCCAGGAGAAAGGAAAAUGCCGGGAGAGUGCUACUCGUUGUUGUGAGAAGUUGGAGAAAAGUUCAUAUCCCGAAAAUGAAAUGAGCAGCGAGGAGUUCCAGCGAAAGGUUGAGGCUUUCAUUGCCUGGCAUCAAAGGCUUCGAAGGGAAGAAGAAGACUCCGUGCUCUAGAAUUACUUAGAAGAGUGUGUGCAUUUUACACGAAAAAAAAAAGUGUAAUGCAAAUAUGCAGUGUCUAUUCAGGAUUAUUAAUUUAUUAUAAGAAAGUUUUUGGUUAUUUAGGGAAAAAAAAAAAGAGUCAAGUCGAUGAAAAAUAAUGAGUUUAUUUAUGUAAAUA